GAUUUAGCUAUCAGAACAGUUUCCUGUUUGGACGAAAAUCUACUUUUAUCAAGUUGACAUUGAACAGUCAGCAUUAAAACAUGGUUUCUCUGUCUUUAAACUCGUUAAAAACAAUUAUGCGGGCGAUGGUGGACAGUCCGGGGUUUGAUCGAGUUUUAAGUAAGGUGGACAUUGUAACAGCCAGCCCAGGGAAAGUGGUGUGUGAAUUUAAAGUGGAAGAGGAGCACACAAACCGAGGGGGCACCCUUCACGGGGGUCUGACAGCAACACUGGUCGACGUCAUCUCCACCACUGCCAUCAUGUACACGGAACGGGGAGCACCAGGUGUCAGCGUGGACAUGAACAUCACGUACAUGAAUGCUGCCAAGAUGGGCGAGGAUGUGCUGAUCACAGCCACAGUGUUGAAGCAAGGACGGACCCUGGCAUUCGCUACUGUCGACCUCACUAGCAAAGCCUCUGGGAAACUCAUCGCACAAGGAAGACACACGAAGCACCUUGGGAGCUAGAUCUAGGGUGAUGUUGCCCCUAUACACUGGUCUUGGGUCAGUUUAGCUGAUCCUAGACCUGUACCCUAGGGGAAACUCCCCCAGUAAAUUGUGAAUGAUCAUACUGCUGCUGUGAUGCUGUCUAGCAGAAAGUCUGUGGGGUGAAGAACCGUGACUAUUGUGGAACUGUGUCAGGAAAUUGUUCUUUACUCCACAACAGACUUGCUAAAUUAUUAUUAUUAUUUUUCUGCAUGUCAUUCUGCUGUAAAUAUAUAUACACACACAAAUAAAACGCACCAGGAAACAUUUUCAAAUGUUACAUUGUAUUGGGAUUUGUUCAGCCAUGUUGAUUUCUAGAUGCAUUUAAAAAAUAAAAAAUAUUUUUAAAAGGAA